AUGGCCGACACGCCGAAGGAGGGAAAGAUGAACAGGCUUCUGGACUUCACACAGCUGGUUGACAUGGCAUCCGAGUCUGUGGGGGGCAGGAUUUUGUUCGCGACGGAUGACUUUUUUGCCCCUGCGGAGAACCUCUUGAAGAGUGACAGCCCGAGCUUUAACGAGCAUGAAUACACUGAGUUUGGGAAGUGGAUGGACGGGUGGGAGACCAGAAGGAAAAGGAUUCCAGGUCACGACUGGUGUGUCAUCAAGCUCGGGAUACAGGGCGUCAUCCAGGGCUUUGACGUGGACAUCUCUCACUUCUCGGGAAGCCACGCCCCCCGGAUGUCGAUUCAAGCAGCAAACGUGGAAGACAGCAAACUGCCGGAAAUCCCACCCCGAGGUGUCAGGACAGGGAUGGCGGCCACAGUGGAUGAGUGCGAGGCCAUCGCCAAGCUGAAGUCGGAAGACUGGGUUUACCUGGUUCCUAUGACAGAGCUCAAGCUGGGGAGCCCCGCCUCCAGCCACAACUAUUUCCUGGUCAGUUCCCAGCACAGGUGGACCCUCGUGAGACUCAACAUCUUCCCAGAUGGUGGUGUAGCCCGUUUUAGAGUCUAUGGUACUGGACAGAGGGACUGGAUCGCCACAGACACCACCGAUCCUGUGGACCUGGUGACCAUCGCUUUUGGGGGUGUCUGUGUAGGAUUUAGUAAUGCACAUUUUGGGCAUCCAAACAAUAUGAUAGGUGUCGGCAGGCCCAGAUCCAUGGCAGAUGGCUGGGAAACGGCAAGAAGGCUGGACAGGCCCCCGGUGUUAGAAAAUGAUGAGAAAGGCCUGCUUCUGGUUCCGGGUUGCGAGUGGGCAGUUUUCCGAUUGGCACAUCCUGGAGUCAUAACUCAAAUUGAAAUCGAUACGAAAUACUUUAAAGGCAAUGCUCCUGACAGCUGCAAAGUGGAUGGGUGUAUCCUGACGAUGCAGGAGGAGGAGGACAUGGUGAAGAACAAGUGGGGUCUCCAGACCCACAAGUGGAAGGUGCUGCUUCCGAUGACCAAGCUGUCCCCCAACCAGAGCCACCUGCUGGACAGCCUGACCCCGGAGCUCCAGGACGUCAUCACGCACGCCAGGAUCACCAUCUUCCCGGACGGAGGCGUGGGCCGCCUGCGGCUCCGCGGCUUCCCCAGCUCCAUCUGCCUGCUGCGGCCCCGGGAGAAGCCCGCCAUGCGCUUCUCCGUGCGGCCCAGCUUCCGGGCCAACCUCUGA